CUAAAUAAAUAUCUGUCAUGCCUAAUUUCUUCACUUUUAGAUAAGUUCUCGAUGACUUAAAAAAAUAAAGCAUAUCUUGUUUGUAUAUUUUUAUCCAGAGGAUAGCUAUCGGGAAGUAAGUAUGAAGAAAUCGAGCCUCAGAUAAUAAAACAUUCAUUUUAUAAGCUUUAUUGUCAACUGGCUUUUUUGUUUUUAACUAUGAUAUAUGCAUGGUGUUAUUCGUGCGAUGCGAUUAUUUCGAUUUAUGAUGUUUCAAGAAUCGCAAUAUCGAAGUUUCGAUUCUCGAAGCGUUGUCUCGAAUGGUCGUUUGCGAUUCGCCGUGCGGAAUAUCGCGAAGUCGUGUUCCGUUCCCGUUGUUUUAGCUGUGAUUUUUCGGAAAAAGCUGAAUCUUGCAUACAAGGAAUUAUAUCGGAAACAUUGUGCACAGUGUUCGUCGUAAAGCGAACAUCAAUAUCAGAGGCGCACCGGGCUCUGGAGCUCCUCGAGGAUUAUCACGCAAAGCUGACAAGACCGCAAGACAAACAACUGCGAUUAGCCAUCGAGCGCGUCAUACGUAUCUUCAAGAGCAGACUUUUCCAGGCGCUGUUGGAUAUCCAGGAAUUUUACGAGCUGACGCUGCUCGAUGAAUCGAAGUCGGUGCAGCAGAAGACGGCGGAGACGAUCCGCAUCGCUGACAAAUGGGAGGCCAGCGACGGGCCGAUCACGCCGACCUUCGCCCAAAACGACGAUGGUCCAGCCUCCGCCUUGCCGUUGACCCAGACUCUGUCGAACAUUUAUGGCCGCAGAUCGGCCACUCCUGAUGUUCCGGGCGUCGAUGUAGACGAGAAUCAGAAAACAAGAUACGAUAACACGGGGGUAGAAGAACAAUUGCCGCCGCCGCCGUCGCCACCCCAGCUGAAAGAAGCGGCUCAACUGGAUGGAGUUCCUCGACCAAACUCCGUCGACCGUAUUCUUCAUUCAGACGGUGUUCAACACAUCGGUCACGACACGGUUAACAAGGGCCAUGACAGCUGGCAGGGACACGACAGUGACCAGGCACACACUCCUCUUCUCGCGGCCGACACGAGACACGUGAACGGCGACGAUGAUUGGGAGUACGAGGAGAUCGUUCUGGAACGGGGCGGGGCAGGCCUAGGUUUCAGCAUCGCCGGCGGCACGGACAAUCCGCAUUAUGGCAACGACACCGCUAUUUACAUCACGAAGCUCAUACCGGGCGGCGCCGCGUCUGCGGACGGUCGGCUGCGUGUCAACGACACGAUACUGCAGGUGAACGACGUGUCCGUGGUCGACGUGCCGCAUGCGGCCGCCGUAGACGCCCUCAAGCGGGCCGGCAACACCGUCAAGCUGUACGUACGCCGACGGAGGCACACGCAGCUGAUUGAGAUCGAGCUGAUCAAGGGUAACAAGGGCCUCGGCUUCAGCAUCGCUGGCGGUAUCGGCAAUCAACAUAUACCGGGCGACAACGGUAUCUAUGUGACCAAAAUCAUGGACGGUGGCGCCGCCCAGGUGGACGGUCGUCUUGUUGUCGGUGACAAAUUGGUGGCCGUCAGGAACGCUUUGGGCGACAAAAAUCUGGAGAACGUGACACACGAAGAGGCAGUGGCGACCCUGAAAGCGACUCAAGAUCGCGUCGUGCUUCUGGUUGCCAAGCCCGAAAGUGGAAUCAUCCCUCCGCCACCACCGCCACUAGCAACGGAAAAUUCUCUCUCACCCCAGCCACGCAAGCAAAACGGAUCCGUGUCGGCGUUGGAGAACAACACCGCCGCGCUGCCGUACUCGCAGGAAUCACGACAUGCGUCUUCCCUCGCUCUUCACGGCACCGGAACACCGCGAGCAGUAUCCCAGGAGGACGUUUCACGGGAGAUACGCACCGUCGUACUGAAUAAAGGAUCUUCCGGCCUGGGUUUCAACAUCGUCGGCGGCGAGGAUGGCGAGGGCAUUUUCAUCUCGUUUAUUCUAGCCGGGGGUCCGGCCGAUCUCAGCGGCGAAUUGCGCAGAGGCGAUCAGAUACUGAGCGUUAAUGGCAUUAAUCUCCGAACGGCCACUCAUGAGGAGGCUGCCGCUGCCCUCAAGGGUACCGGACAGACAGUGACGAUCGUGGUGCAAUACAAACCGGAAGAUUACAACAGAUUCGAGGCCAAGAUCCAGGAUCUUAAGCAACAGAUAUCUCAGCAACAGAAUGUGAUGACAGGCACCCUCAUGAGGACCUCUCAGAAAAAGUCACUCUACGUGAGAGCGUUGUUUGAUUACGACCCUAACAAGGACGACGGUCUACCGAGCCGCGGCCUGGCUUUCCGUUACGGCGAGAUCCUACACGUGACAAACGCCAGCGACGACGAGUGGUGGCAGGCGAGAAGGAUCACCCCCCAGGGCGAGGAGGAGGGUCUAGGCAUAAUACCGUCGCGCAGACGAUGGGAGCGCAAGCAGCGUGCCAGAGAUCGCUCCGUCAAAUUCCAGGGACACAUGCCGGUCAUUCUCGAUAAGCAAUCCACAUUGGACCGUAAGAAGAAGAACUUCUCGUUCAGCAGAAAGUUUCCGUUUAUGAAGAGCAAGGACGACAAGUCCGAGGAUGGCUCCGAUCAGGAACGAACGCCCACCACACCCGAGAAUGAGAACGAUCCCACCCCAUUCAUGCUGUGCUACACCCAGGACGACACUAACACUGAAGGUUUGUCUUGCGCCACAGGGAGUAGAGAAAUUUUGUAUCGCGUUCAACUGCCGUAUAUGGAGGAACUCACGUUAGUUUAUCUGGAAAAGGAGGGCAUUGAUACCAAUGACGAACUUAGUAGCGAAGAGAACGUGCUCUCGUACGAGGCCGUGCAGCAGCUGACGAUACAGUACACGCGUCCCGUGAUCGUUCUCGGACCGCUCAAGGAUCGCAUCAACGAUGAUCUCAUCUCCGAGUUCCCCGACAAAUUCGGCAGCUGCGUUCCACAUACCACAAGGAGUAGAAGGGAAUACGAGGUGGACGGGCGAGAUUAUCACUUCGUCGCAUCGAGAGAACAGAUGGAGAGAGACAUACAGAAUCACUUGUUCAUAGAAGCCGGACAGUAUAAUGACAAUCUUUACGGGACAUCCGUCGCGUCCGUACGAGAAGUAGCUGAAAAGGGCAAGCACUGUAUUCUUGAUGUGAGCGGAAAUGCGAUCAAGAGGUUACAAGUAGCUCAACUCUAUCCCAUUGCCGUGUUUAUCAAACCAAAAUCAGUCGAAUCCGUCAUGGAAAUGAACAAGAGAAUGACCGAGGAACAAGCGAAGAAGACGUACGAACGCGCUCUGAAGAUGGAGCAAGAAUUCGGUGAAUACUUUACCGCUGUCGUUCAAGGAGACACUCCCGAAGAGAUUUACGCGAAAGUAAAGGAAGUCAUCGCCGAGCAGUCGGGACCGAACAUCUGGGUGCCCUGUAGGGACCAGCAACUGUGACGUCCUGCCCCCCACGCUCAGCACGGACCCAACGCGUGGACCUUACCGCCGAGGCGUCAAGCUUAAUUAUUCAUGAUAAAUGCGAUUAAGCAAACGCUCUAACGCCUUUUUCCUAUCCCUCUCUUUCUAUCUCUCUCUCUCUCUCUAUCUCUAUCUCUAUCUCUAUCUCUCUUUCUCUCCUCUCCCACGCUCUCACUCUCAUAUCCCAUCAAUUAUCCACGUAGCACAAGAUCCCCUACUUAAGUCGCGCACAACGCGAUAUACAAAGUGUCGCCGUAAAAAGGAUUUGAGCCGAGAGAGAAUUACUUAAACGGCGGGGGCCACACAUGAUAUAUAUAUAUAUUGUCCGGACCGCCUUUCCGCGAGGAGAAAAACGAUCAGUCGGUCGGAAUACGCGUGAUCUUAUUCUCCCCUGAAUUCGAAGUCUGAGAAAAAUAAAAAGAAAAUAAUAAUUGACAGAAACGAGAAGGAGGGCGGGGGGAACCGGGCGCUUCAAGCACUUCGUGUGCUCGUCUUGUUGACUUUUUUGACGACCGGCGUUUCCGGUGAAAGACGAAAAAAAAUAAAUAAAUAAAAGAGAAAUCAACUUUUAUCGCAUGAUUGUCGAUUAUUCGUGUGUGUGAUCGUCCCUAAUUUUAUUAAUUAACUACGCGAACUAGAGGUGUGUUAAAAUGUAAAAUUCGCUCGAGAAAAGUCGACGACGACUCUCGAAAUCGGGGGGAGGGGAGAUUCACAAAUUCGGAGCUUUUUCGAGCAUUGUGCGUGUGUAUUCUCAACCGCGAACCCGUGUGGCGCCUGUUGUUCGAUCGUACUCGAGCGCGGUAUUUUUUAAAUGUACUUAAGCCGCGGUUUUAGCGUGCCGAUGUGACAAAGAAGGAGAAAAACAAACAAACAAACAAACAAACCAACAACGGCUAAGAGAGAAACAAUCAUAGCCCCACCACCAAUAUUGUGUAUGUUUAAACGAACCUCACGAUUGAAAGAAAACACUUUGCGUAAAAACAAAAAGAGAUAAAAUAAAC